AUGACUCAUGGUGCUGACAGUUCUUCCUCUUUUGCACCAUCACUUGCUCAUUCUCCAUACUUCCUCCACGCAUCUGAGAACCCGAGCGCUCCUCUCAUCACCCCCGUUCUCGAUGGCAAUAAUUUUCCCACGUGGCAUCAUGCCAUGCUCAUGGCGCUUGAGGCAAAGAAUAAGCUGCAGCUUCUUGAUGGUUCUUUGCCCAAGCCAGACUCUACGUCCACCGAUCUCCCUCAUUGGAUUCGUUGCAAUAGUAUGGUGAGAUCAUGGCUUGUUCAUUCCAUUGUUCCCGGCAGCGCCCAUAACAAACUUUGGUUUGACUCUACUCGGGAUGCUUGGGUUGACUUGCAUAGCCGCUUCUCUCCGAAGAAUGCACCUCAAACUUUUGAGAUCCGCUCCAUCUCUACCUUGAAGCAAGGUCUCGAUUCCAUUUCAACAUAUUACACUAAGCUAAAAAGCCUUUGCGAUGAGUUGGCUUCCUAUCACACCUUGCCGCCACGCUCUUGUGGAUCUGCUACAAAGCUUCAUGAAUUUUUUUAUUUUGAUUCCCUAAUGGACUUUCUUCAAGGUCUUAAUGAUUCAUAUUCAGUAGUUCGUAGUCAGAUCCUCUUAAUGGAUCAACUUCCUACGAUUGCCAAAGCAUAUUCCCUACUCUUACAAGAUGAACAACAGCGGUCGCUUCAUUCACUUCCUGCUUCAUAG